GGCAGGGUGAUAUUUUCAAUGACACCGCCUAUAUGUUAUGUUUGUAAGUUCAAGUUAUUUAAUUGUAUUAGUAUUAGUAACUAACUUUAUCACAUAGUAUUAUAAUUAAUCUAAUUAUAUUAUGUAAACACAAUACGUAAGCCAAAAAACAACAAAACAAUACUAGUCUAUAGUUACAGGGAUUUCAUAACUUAUAAGAAUUCAUCGAAACUUUAUAAGGGAGACGUUAAUAACUUCAACGCAAUAUAUUAGCAAUAUAGGUUCAUUCACACAGAUAUACAAUGGUGAUAAGCCUUUAAGUAGUGAAAUGUUUACUAAUGAAAAAUCAUUACAUGAAAAUAUUCCUGAAUAUUGUUGUGAGAUUUGUAGAAAAAGUUUCUCUUCAGACCACGAAGUUGUCGCACAUAAAAAAACACACAAUAGAAAAUCUCCUUCCUACUGCGAAGUCUGUGGAAAAUAUUUUGUUUAUAAAUGUAAUUUAGCAAGGCAUCAGAGAGUACACACUGGGGAAAAACCGUAUAGUUGUGAAUUAUGUGGAAAAUGUUUUGUCUCUAAAAGUAAUUUAAAAACCCACAAAAAAAUACACGCUGGAGAAAAAUCGUUUCGUUGUGAAAUAUGCGGAAAAACUUCUGAUUCUAAGAGUAAUUUAACAACUCACAAAAGAGUGCAUACUGGCGAGAAGCCUUUUCGCUGCGAAAUAUGCGGGAAAUCCUUCUCUGUUAAUUCUAAUCUCGUAGUUCAUAAACGUUGUCAUACUGGAGAAAAGCCCUAUACCUGUGAAAUAUGUGGAAAGUCUUACAUCACCAACAGUUAUUUAACGACACACAAACGAAUACACAGUGGAGAAAAACCGUUUAAAUGUAAAAUAUGUGGGAUUUCCUUUACAGAGAAUUCUAAGCUUACAAUUCACCUACGUAAACAUACUGGAGAAAAACCGUAUUGCUGUGAGAUAUGCGGGAAGUCUUUUGUCAAUAACAGUUAUUUAACAAGUCAUAGUAGGAUACAUACGGGCGAAAAACCCUAUCGCUGUGAAAUAUGCGGAAAAUCUUUCACUCAGAAUUCGAGUCUUGUUAUUCACCAACGUAGUCACACUGGAGAAAAACCCUGUCACUGUGGGAUAUGUGGAAAGUCCUUCUCUAAUAAUUCCAGUCUUGUUAUUCACCAACGACAUCACACUGGAGAAAAACCCUGUCACUGUGGAAUUUGUGGCAUAUCUUUCUGUGAUAGUUCAAGUCUUGUUGUUCACGUACGUAGUCACACUGGGGAAAAGCCGUACCGUUGUGAAAUAUGCGGAAAAUCUUUUAUGUUAAACAGUGUCUUAAAAACACACAGAAGGAUACAUACAGGGGAAAAACCCUAUGACUGCAAAAUAUGCGGAAAAUCAUUCAUUAAUAAUUCAAACCUUGUUAUCCACAUACGUAGUCACACCGGAGAAAAACCGUAUCGAUGUGAGAUAUGUGAGAAAUCAUUUGCCUCCAACGUUGGUUUAAAAACGCACCAAAAAAUACACUCCGGGGAAAACCGAUUUCACUGUGAAAUUUGUGACAAAUCUUUCAUUAAUAAUUCAAAGCUUGUUAUCCAUAAGCGUAGUCACACAGGAGAAAAACCAUAUCGUUGUCAGAUAUGCGGGAAAUCAUUCAGGUUGAGCAGUGUCCUAAAAACGCACAGAAGAAUACAUACAGGGGAAAAACCCUGUGAUUGCAAAAUAUGCGGUAAAUCAUUCAUUAAUAAUUCUUGUCUUGAAGUUCACAAAAGAACACAUACUGGGGAAAAACCUUAUUAUUGUGUGUUAUGUGAGAGAUCAUUUAUCAGUAAUUCUCAUUUAGUUAUUCACAGGCGAAUGCACACCGGUGAACAACCUUAUCGUUGUGAUAUUUGUGGAAAAUCUUUUGUCUUUAACUGUUAUUUAACAAAACACAAACUAACACAUACUGGAGAAAGCCUGUUCCACUGUGAAAUGUGUGGGAAAUCUUUCAAUGAAAAUUCCAAAUUUACAAUCCACAAACGUAGACACAAUGGCGAAGACCCAUUCCGCUGCGAAAUAUGUGGUAAAUCGUUCACAGUGAAUUAUAGUCUUGCCAUACAUAAACGUAGCCAUACUGGAGAAAAACCUUAUCAUUGUGGGACGUGUAGGAAAUCAUUUGCCAGUAACAGUCACUUAAGAAAACAUGAACAAUUACACACUAGAGGUAAACCUUUUAAAUGUGAAAUGUGAAAAACCUUCUUACAAAUCUAAACUUAUAGUCCACCAAGUAAACAUUGGAGAAAAUUUGUCAUGGUGAAUCAUCACCAUUUGACAUUCACUUCCAAUACUGGCAUGAAUUGGACAGUUUGGUAUGGUUGAAGUCUGCAUACUCAGAAGUUCUUGCUUAGCCAGAGGACUGCAUCUCCUGUUUCAUUUUUGGUUUGGUUACUAUGACUGGAUGCCGUUCCAAAUACCAACCACUUUACUGAGUCUACUGGAUACUUUUUCAUGGCACCAGCACUAGAGAGGUGUCAUUUAUUUAGUAAGAUCUGCACAACUUUACACUUGACAGAGUGCCCUGGGUGUAUUUUUUUUUUAUGGUAUCAGCACUAGAGAGAUAAUCAUGACCUUAGUAUGACUAAAAGUACUUCAUGACCCUAUAUCUCUGCUUGCUUGUUGAUAUCUUUACAGAUUGAGAGACAUGAAUGAUAGUGAUAGGACUGUGAGAGGAGGAGCGUAAUAGAGAUAAUCAAUACUCUGAGGUAGAUAUGUAUAUUCAAGGCAACAUCACCCAUGAGAUAGAACACUGAUAGAAACCCAGAAUUUGUGGGAGAAAAGGAGCAAAAGUAUGGUAUUUUACUCUAGGCACAAGGCCUGACAUUUUUUAGGGAGGGGGCCAGUCGAUUAGAUCGGCCCCAGUACGCAACUGAUACUAGAUUUAUCGACCCCGAAAGAAUGAAAGGCAAAGUUGACCUCGGCAGAAUUUGAACUCAGAACCUAAAGACAGACGCUAUAUCGCUAAGCAUUUUGCCCAGCGUACUAACAAUACAUCCAGUUCUCCGCCUUGGAGCAAAAGUAUAAUGGCAAACAGGUUGAUGACAGAAAGUACAGGCAGAGAGGGUGAUGGUGGAGUGUGAGUCAGAAAUCAUUCUUGUUGAGUUCCAAUUCCUUAA